AUGGCUUCAGAGACUCUUAAAGACUUGGAGACAAGAGAGCCCUGGUUUGCUGCUGCUGCUCUCCAGCGUGCUGCGCUGCUGCUGUCCCUGGCUCGCUGGGGCGAAGCAGCAGCAGCAGCUGCUGCUGCUGCUACCGUGACUCCUGCUGCUCCUGCUGCUGCUGCUGCAGCUGCUGCACCCCACACUCCAAGGGGAAAGGGACAGCUGGAAAGACCUGCUUCUUUGCUGCUGCUGCUGCUGCGGCUCUGCGCCGGAGAGGAGACAAACGAGACACUCGAGGAAAAUAGCAGCAACAGCAGCAGCAGCAGCAGCAGCAGCAGCAAGGCCAUUCGCAGCCUAACGAAAGCUCUCAAGGCAAAUACUACUGUUGGCUUUAAAUUUUGCCUGGAAGCUUCGAAAGCCAUAAUUUGCUGCUGCAGCUGGACUUACAACGACUGCAGCAGCUGCGACUCCCGCAGCAGCAGCAGCAGCAGCAGCAGAGGGGAAGGCCAGGACGUGGUAGAGGAGGCGUUGUCUCUAGUGCGGGUUGGAGCAGCAAAAUUGCUGGCAGCAAAAGAUCCUGCUGCUGCUGAUUUGCUGCUGCAGUAUCAGCAGCAAGUUGCCUGGCUGCUGCUGCUUUCGGGGCGGCCAGCAGAGGCGCAGCGCGAAUUUGCUGCUGCUGCUGCUGCUGCUGCUGCAGCCCCUCAGCAGCAGCAAACAGCACUCGAGGGACAAAUCCUUGCUGCUCUUUUUCAGACCAAAGCUGCUGAGGCGCAGCAGCUGCUGCACAAGGCCGAAGCGCUCCCAGUAAGACAAGUUUAA